AUGGAUUCGCAAUCAAUUUUAUCAAUCAUUUCGAUACCUGUAAUUCUAUCGAUAGCAUCACCAUUAUUUUUUAUAUUAUUAUUCUAUAUAUCAUUGAUAAUAAUAUGGAUACAUUGUUAUUGUUAUCGAUUAAUCGAUAAUAAUAAUAUUAAUAACGAUAAUGAUAUUGAUAUUAUUAUGAGAUCUGAAUCAUUACAUAUUAAAAUAUGGUAUCGUACAUUCAAUGCAAUUGCAUUAAUAUUCUCUACAUUUGGUCGUUUAUGGUAUAAUUAUGAAAUUAUUGGUUUGGAUAAUCUACCUGAACAAGGAUCAUCAGCAUUAAUUGUAUUUUAUCAUGGUACAUGGCCAUUAGAUAUUUAUUUUUUAAUUUCGGAAUUAAUUUUAUUAAAAAAUAAACGAAAAAAACGUUUAAUGUUUACAAUUGUUGAACGUAUUAUGUAUAAAUUUCCUGGUUGGCCAUUAUUAUUACGUACAAUACGUUUAGUUCCAGGAUCAGUUCCAGAAUGUAUACAAAUGUUAAAUAAUGGUUCAAUUGUUGCUCUGUCACCUGGUGGCUUACGUGAAGCAAUGUUUAGCGAUCAUCAUCGCUAUGAAAUUAUACAUUCUGGCCGAUUAGGUUUUGCACGUGUUGCAAAACAGACAAAUGUUCCAAUAAUACCAAUAUUUACACGUAAUAUACGUGAAUCAUUUCGUCAAGUACCAUUAAUGAAAAAUUUUGUUAAAUUUAUUUAUAAUCAUUAUCGUAUACCAUUAUUUCUUACAUAUGGUGGUUUUCCAGUAAAAUUAACAACAAUUAUUGGUAAACCAAUUUAUUUUCAACCAGAUACAAGUGUUGAAGAUAUUGCUGAAAUGACAAGAUUAAAAAUGAAAGAAUUGAUUGAACAAAAUCAAACAAUACCCGGUUCAAUAUGGUUGGCAAUGAAGGAAAGAUUUCAAAUGGAUCGUACUGAUGGGGAAAAUAAGAAAAAUUAAACGAGAAAAAAUGGAAAUUUUCAUGAAACAAUUACGAACGGAAAUAUUCGGAAAACAUUACGUCAAUCUCGUCGCUUUUGUCUAUCGUAAUGUCAUGAUCAAUUGAAAUGCUGAAAUUACCA